GUAGUAAACACUCGUCAGCUGACUAAGGAAGGAGGCGGGGAGGGGCGAAUCGCUCUCAUAUUUCGCCCUUCUGGAGCUUCGAGUCUGUGGAUCAGGUGUCCCCUCCAAUCGACGGACUUGCUCUUGCAGUAUUCCUCAGAAGGACCGGAGAAUUAAGUUAUCCAACCAAGAUGAGCGACAGAGAUUAUUCCCCACUGAGUUCCGCCUGUGUGCGUGCUCUUAGUGACAAGUUAUAUGACAAAAGGAAAGCUGCCGCCCUGGAAAUUGAGAAAAUGGUAAAGGAUUUCUCUGCCGCCAACAAUCAGGAACAGAUAAGCAGACUAAUUAAAGUCCUAGAAGAGUUUGCCAUGUCACACAAUCCUCAUACCAGAAAAGGCGGACUAAUUGGACUUGCUGCUGUGGCCAUAGGACUUGGAACUCGGGGAAUUGGACCAUAUAUACAGAAACUUGUCAAUCCAAUAUUGGCCUGCUUUUCUGAUAGCAAUCCAAAUGUAAGGUACUAUGCAACUGAGUCUCUCUACAAUGUAGUGAGAGUCUCAAGAGGAACAGUAUUGACCCAGUUUAAUGACAUAUUCACAAUACUUGUUCGACUGGCUAUGGAUGCAGACCAAAAUGUUAAGAAUGGAUCAGAGAUGCUUGACAGGAUUAUGAAGGAUAUUGUGACAGAAAGCGCUUCCUUUGAUUUGGUUGGCUUUAUUCCAGUUUUACGUGAAAAGCUCUACUGCAACAGUCAUUGGGCACAAACACUGGUUGUGUCAUGGGUGUCUGUUCUCCACACAGUUCCAGAUGUAGACACACUUUCCUUUCUCUCUGAGAUUUUAGAUGGCUUGUUCUUCAUACUGGAAGCACCAAAGGCAGAAGUCAAAAAGAUGUGUGAGGCUGUUGUGGGAGAAUUUUUAAUAAGCAUAAAGAAGGCACCAGACAGAGUUAAAUUUGGAGACAUGAUCAAUAUCCUUAUCACUCAUGCCCAGUCUAAUGAUCAGUUAGUUCAGUUGAUUGCCCUGAACUGGAUAAAGGAGUUUGUGCUGUUAUCAGGCAGGGUGAUGCUACCUCACACCUCGGGUAUAUUGACAGCUACUCUUCCUUGUUCAGCCAUAGAUGACCCAUCAUAUGCUAAGACUCGAGCACUGGCUGAAGAAGUGAGCACAGAGUUGAUGGAAUUAAUAACUGUGGAAGAUGACCGUGAUGCUCCAGAAGGGUCUGCUGAUGUAUCCAAUAAUUUCAACUGUGCUGAAGGCUCAAAGGAUAGUAAUGCAGAGGGUCUUGAUUUACCCUCAAUUAUGGAAGUACUCUUUAAACAGUUACGCAACACGCCUGUUCCAUGCAAGACGGCUGUCCUCAGGUGGAUAUAUCAUUUGCACAACAAAAUUCCUAAUAAGAUGUGUCGAUACUUGGAAGAGUUGUUUCAUGUAUUGCUUCGCACCCUCUCUGAUCCGUCUGAUGAAGUUGUCUUACUUGUGAUUCAAGUGUUGGCACAAAUUGCCUCGACAACAAAUCAACAUUCUACUGCAACACCAGUCAUUUCAUCACCACCUGCCCCUUCCAUAGCAGCAGCUGCAGAUGAUGAUGAGAAGAACAGCGUGGAUGAAUACUUUACUAGGUUUCUAAGAAACCUCCUUCACCUUUUUGCCACUGAGAGAAAUUUGCUUGAAGAUAGAGGGCCUUUCAUUAUAAGGCAAUUGUGUGUAAUGUUGAGUGCAGAGGACAUAUACAGGACGUUGGCAGAGUUACUUCAGGACGAAGACAACUUAACUUUUGCUUCUGAAAUGGUUCAGACAUUAUCUUCCAUACUUUUAACUUCAAAGGAACUUUUUUCUUUGAGACUACAAUUGAAAGAGUUAGCUACAGUAGAGAGUUGCGAGUUGUUUGUGAAUCUUAUAUCGUUCUUGAGUCAUAAUGCUGUGGCUACGUUAACACUAUGCCUCCUAACACAAAAUUAUUCUCAUGCUGCUGUCUUAGUACAUGCAUUUGGGAACAUUGAAGUGACAACAGACUUCUUGGUGGAACUGGAUAAGCUCGUUCAGCUAAUAGAAUCUCCAAUAUUUACAUAUUUGAGAUUACACCUUCUGGACCCUGUUAGAUAUUCUGCUCUUGUGGAGACUUUGUAUGGUCUUUUAAUGCUACUUCCUCAGAGUGAUGCUUUUACCCUUCUUCGGUGUCGCCUCAAUUGUGUCCCACCAGCUCAUUUAUUGAAACACACACAUGGGAAAUCAGAAGUUAGAAAGGAAGCACAGGGCAUAGAUUUUGAGGAACUUCUUGCACAUUUCACGAGUACGCAGGAGAAGCAUCGAAAGUAUAAGCACCAGAAGAUCAAACAACGACUGCAGUCUAGCAUUGAGCCACCCACCCGUCAGCCAAGCUCAUAGCACUCUUAAUUUUGUUAUUUAUAUUGAAUUUGAUAUUUAUUAUUUUUAAAUACCUUGAUUUGUACCUCAUUUUUGAAAUCUUCUUGUUACUAUUGUAAUUACAGACUUUUAAUCAUGUCUUUUAAACUCAUUAGUAAAGAUAUACCUUUAUUU